CACAAGCGACCAUGCGAUAGGCCGAUGGCCAGCGAGGUUUGACUUUCAAACGACUUAGAGGUUAGAGCAUUGGCAGUAUAAGUUGGACUUGGAGGGUUGGAGCUUAAUAGCAAGAUAGACAACCCCAGCUAUUCAGAAUAUUCUCCGGCCCCCUUCCCUCACCCUCCAUCUCCUUCUCUGUCUCCGUCUCAUUCCCCAUGGGAACUGUACAAACAGAGCUGCCUGAAUCGCCCAAAGAAAUAGUUGACGAAGAUGAGCUCUCCCCGAUCGAACAAGUGCGCUUAACGGUGACCAACACCGACGAUCCAACCCUCCCCGUCUGGACCUUCCGGAUGUGGUUCCUGGGUUUGAUAUCAUGCGCACUGUUGUCAUUCCUCAACCAAUUCUUCGCCUACCGAACGGAGCCCCUCAUCAUAACCCAGAUCACCGUUCAGGUGGCUACCCUCCCAAUCGGCCGCUUCAUGGCUUCUGUCCUACCGCGCACCAAAUUCCGCUUACCAGGUUUUGGGUCGACGGAAUUCUCUCUGAAUCCGGGACCAUUUAACAUGAAGGAACAUGUUCUCAUCUCCAUAUUCGCUAAUGCUGGGAGCGCUUUUGGGAGUGGAUACGCCUAUGCCGUCGGCAUUGUCAACAUUAUAAAGGCUUUCUACCGGAAAAACAUCUCCUUCUUGGCCGGAUGGAUACUUGUAAUAACCACUCAGGUAUUAGGAUACGGUUGGGCUGGACUUCUAAGGAAGUAUGUGGUUGAACCAGCACAUAUGUGGUGGCCCAGUACUCUCGUUCAGGUCUCCCUGUUCCGGGCCUUGCAUGAGAAGGAUGAAGAACGCAUGUCAAGGGGGAAGUUCUUCUUGAUUGCACUAAUUUGUAGCUUUUCCUGGUACGCAAUCCCAGGCUACCUCUUCCCAACUUUGACGAGCAUCUCAUGGGUCUGUUGGGCAUUUUCCAAGUCAGUCACAGCCCAGCAGCUCGGUUCAGGGAUGAAGGGUCUGGGAUUAGGGGCGUUAACACUCGAUUGGUCUGCCGUAGCUUCGUUCCUGUUCAGCCCCCUCAUUUCCCCUUUCUUUGCAAUUGCCAACGUCUUUGUUGGAUAUGUAAUGGUCAUGUACGUGGCAAUCCCCAUAGCGUAUUGGGGGUUGGACUUGUACAAAGCCAAGACAUUUCCCAUCUUCUCCUCCCACUUGUUCACAGUCCAGGGUGGGAAGUACAAUAUAACCGCCAUUGUAAACGAUAAAUUCGAGUUGGAUAUCCCAAAUUAUGAGGAGCAAGGACGAAUCUAUCUAAGCACAUUCUUCGCUUUGACAUACGGCUUUGGUUUUGCCACCAUUGCAUCUACACUCACUCAUGUAGGAUUCUUCUAUGGAAGGGAGAUCUAUGAACGAUUUCGUGCCUCAUAUAAGGGCAAGGUGGACAUUCACACAAGAUUGAUGAGCAAGUACAAGAACAUACCUGAAUGGUGGUUCCAUCUUCUACUCGUGGUGACAGUGGCAGUAUCCUUUGUACUCUGUAUCUUCUUGAAAGAUCAAGUUCAGAUGCCAUGGUGGGGACUCCUUUUUGCUGCUGCACUUGCCUUCAUUUUCACCCUUCCUAUAAGUGUUAUCACUGCAACAACAAAUCAGACACCAGGGUUAAACAUCAUCACAGAGUAUGUCAUGGGAAUUAUAUAUCCAGGAAGACCAAUUGCCAAUGUCUGCUUCAAAACCUAUGGAUAUAUGAGCAUGGCUCAAGCUGUUUCCUUCCUCAGUGAUUUCAAGCUGGGUCAUUACAUGAAAAUCCCACCAAGGUCAAUGUUCAUAGUUCAGCUUAUUGGGACCAUCAUAGCUGGAACUAUCAACCUUGGUGUGGCUUGGUGGCUUCUGGACUCGAUUGAGAACAUAUGCCAAGACGACCUCCUUCCUCCAAACAGUCCUUGGACAUGCCCAGGUGAUCGUGUCUUCUUUGAUGCAUCUGUCAUCUGGGGUUUGGUGGGACCUAAACGGAUCUUCGGGACUCUUGGAAAUUAUGGAGCCCUCAAUUGGUUCUUCCUUGGAGGUGCACUGGGCCCAGUCUUAGUCUGGCUCUUGCACAAAGCAUUCCCAAAGCAAUCUUGGAUCCCACUGAUCAACCUUCCAGUCCUCCUAGGCGCAACAGCCAUGAUGCCACCAGCAACAGCACUGAACUACAAUGCAUGGAUCAUAGUAGGGACAAUUUUCAACUUUUUUGUUUUCCGAUACCGGAAACAAUGGUGGCAGAGGUACAACUAUAUCCUUUCAGCAGCCCUAGAUGCAGGGGUUGCUUUUAUGGGGGUGCUAAUAUAUUUCUCUUUAACAAUGGAGAACAGAGAUUUGAAUUGGUGGGGUACUGAUGGUGAACACUGUCCAUUGGCUACCUGUCCAACAGCUAAGGGUGUCGUGGUUGAAGGAUGUCCUGCAUAUUAGUAACAUUUUACGCUGUCCAUGUAUACAGGUUUCAAUUUAAGAAAUUUAACAGUCUAGUUCCCUAAGUGGGUUGGAUGUGGUGCUUGAAGAAUCUCCUGCCUAUUAAUUCACACUUUAUGGUGCACGCAUAUACAAGUUUCAAUGUAAGAAGUUUAACAGUCCGGUUCCCAAAGAGGGUUCCAUGUUUGAUAAGUGGUUCUUUAUAUAAGAUUGUACUUGUAUACUGUUUUAGAAAAGGGUUAUAUGUAUAUGGGGGCUGGAAUCUAAUGUCCACAUUUCCCCUUUUGCUCAA